AAGACGACGGACUUAUUUUUAAAGAAAGAUUCUUUUGUUUUCGUUCUGUUUUAAUUUGAGGCAUUGGCCGGAAAGUAAAAGGAAAAAUUAUUAAGGAGGAAUAUUUGAAUAUUUAGUUAUGGCGAAUUGCUGUAGAAUAUGGUCCUUGGAUUCCGGCACCUUUGCGGAUAAAUCCCACUUUGGGGUGGGGUUUUAACGAGGAGCUAUGGAAGAAUAGCCCCUCGAAGAAAUAUUCAAGGAUGAUUUGGCGUCAAGAAUAUUUCUGGCGAAACACAACCGGAGAAUACCUGUGCAGAGGAUUCUGGGCGACGAGCUGCUUCCGGGAUCCGGCCAUGCUCAAAAGCGAGGAUGGCCAUACAGGGAUUGUAAUAGGAGGGGGAUUCAAUUGCACCGAGGAAAAAGAAAUUCCCUUAAAGGAUCUUCUGUCCCGUGCGCCACCACGUUAUGGGGCUUAUGCUGUGCGGGAGGAGCUUUUUUUCUCAUUUAUCGAGGAAUUUGUUCUCAUAAAUGGAGAGAUGCUGUGCUUUCGAUCCCGCUGGCAAUUGUGUUAUGAUGUUCCGGUGGAUGAGGCCUGGAAGACCAUAGGCCAUCGCUCUCUGGCGGAGGGGCGGAAGGCUCGUCGGGAGCAGAAAAGAAGAGCCCGGCUAAGCCGUUGCGAGCACGCUCGUUUGAUUUGA